AUGAGUGAAACCGAAGGUGUUUUUAAAACUAAUAAUGGAAUAGACGAAAAUCCUUCUGAAGUAUCUCGAAAAACUCUAUUGGAUCAAAUAAAAGGAGCAGAUUGCAUAAUUGUAAGUAAUAUUAUCCAGUCAAAUGAGUUCAAUGAUGAUACAGAUAACUGUAAAAUAUUAGAUGAUGAAACUAGUGACAAUGACAUAAACUCAUCAAUUAAUAUUUUUUACAAAAAAUUGAAGAUGUGUGUGCAAGAAAUGCAUCAGUGA